AUUGAGUGACUGGAACCGCAAUUUGUUUUUGCUGUUCAACCAGUUUGUGACUUUGUGUAUUUCGCUUUAGUUGUGCGUUUGUCAAAGGUAAUAAUUGAUAACUGAAGAACAUAAAGAUGUUGCGCAAAAAACUAUCGCUCCCCGAUCAACCGGAAGCGACUCGACCAUCCGAAUUUUCUCUUAUACAAUUCAACAACGAACCCAAACCGAAACUGUUGACAGUGAAACCGGCAACGAAAGACGAUAGUUUACAACCUGCGACCGGUGAUGCACAACCUUUACCGAGCGAACUGAACUCUUCGGUGGCGGAACAACACGAACCAUUAUGGCAACGUGUUUACCAGCUCGAACUGCAGCUUUGUGAUGCUUUAAAGCAAAUUGCAUUGCCUGCUGGAGCAGUGGCUACGUAUGAUCCGAUAGAAUACGCAGUUGAACUUCAUCUAGCGUACAUGCAGCGCUAUUUAGAUGGUCCGAAACCUAUACUGUUUCUUGGCAUGAAUCCGGGACCAUGGGGAAUGUGUCAAACCGGGGUUCCGUUCGGAUAUGUUCCUGCAGUCCGGGAUUGGAUGCAACUGCGUGGUCAGGUGUUGAAACCGAUUUCCGAACUGUCUGUUCGUCCAGUGGACGGAUUCGCUUGUACACGCGCUGAACAAAGUGGCCAGAGGUGGUGGGGUCUGUACCAAAAGAUUUGCGAAAAACCGGAGAACUUUUUUCGAAAUUGUUUUGUGUUUAAUAUUUGUCCAUUGGCGUUUUUUCAUGCUAGCGGUAGGAACAUUACUCCGGCUGAAUUUAAGGGUGCCUCAAAAACACGUAUGCAACAGGUUUGUACUGAGUAUCUUCAAUCAGCGCUGGAAUUAUUCAAUCCAUUGAUUAUUAUCUCUGUGGGACGUUACACAGAAGAUCGUGUUAAAACAUUGGUCAAACAGAACUUGUUGGAUCCGACACGUGUUCAACUUAAAUGCAUGCCUCAUCCAAGUCCUCGUAGUUUGAAUAAUACUAACUGGCAUGAUAAAGCGUUACAGUGGCUAGAAGAUAAUGGCAUUAUGCCUCAUCUGAAAGCUUGA